AUGUCAACUGGUUCAAAUUUUUCAAAUAAUUCUCCUGAAGAUUGUAGUAAAGAAGAAAAUUUGCAGAUACAACUUGUUGAUGAUAUUUAUAUUAGUGAUUUAGAAGAUGAUAAUAUUGAUACUGAACGAGAAAAAUUAUACAAACAAGUUAAAUUUAGUACUAAAGAAGCAGAUGUUUUGAAAUUUGUAGAUAAGGAAACUCAUAAAUGUUCUCAAUAUCCUAAAAUAUUUGAAUUAACAACAUCAACUAGUUCUAUUUAUAUUCAUUUACAACACCUGCAUAAAUUAUUAAAUAAAGAAAAAUCAAAUAUUGGAAUUAAAAAACAUUUAGUAGCAGUUCAAGCAGAAAAAACUUAA